UUUUUUUACCUCCUUCCACAACGUUCCGUUUCCAGCAUUUUCUGUGCUCGGCGAGUAAACGCAGGAGCACCGCUUGAGAGCCCGCAGCAGCCAGAGGCUUCUAGAAACAGCGUGCGCAUCGGUGGAUAGUCACCGGCAGACACCUGCUUUCUGCUUUUAACAUUACACAGUUAAACGUUUCUUAUUAUUUAUUCAACAAAAUGGCGAAGUGGGGAGAAGGAGACCCUCGUUGGAUUGUAGAGGAGAGAGCUGAUGCGACUAAUGUCAACAAUUGGCAUUGGACGGAAAGAGAUGCAACAAACUGGUCAUCAGAUAAGUUAAAAUCUCUGCUUCUUGGAUUGAGCGUGGAGAAUGAGGAGGGAACGUGUGAAGUGACAGAAGUCAGCAAGGUGGAAGGAGAGGCCUCGAUUAAUAACCGCAAAGGGAAACUUAUUUUCUUUUAUGAGUGGAACGUGAAAGCUACUUGGACUGGAAAGUCAAAAGCAGGAGUCGAGUAUAAAGGAACAAUUGAAGUUCCAAACCUGUCUGAUGAAAAUGACAUGGAGGAUCUUGAUAUUUCUGUAUCGUUGAACAAAGAUGAACCCGACACGCUGCUGAUGAACCUGAUGAAAACGAAAGGAGUGGAUAAAUUCCGCGACGCAUUGCAGAGCUACGUUGGGUUCUUAAAAACAGAAUUCACACAGGGGAUGAUCCUACCCACAGCCAAUGGUGUGGCCAAACCACAGUCCACAUCACAGUCCAAAGCUAAGCUGGAUAAAACUGAGAUUUCCUCCUCUGCCAGCACAGCCACUCCCGUCAACACCGGCGUCAAGAUCCCCACCUGUAAAUUUACACUGAAAGAAACGUUUCUCACCUCACCAGCUGAACUCUACAGGGUCUUUCUGAACAAAGAGAUGGUUCAGGCGUUCACGCGUGGUUCAGCCACAGUGGAUGGAGAGAAGGGCGGAAAGUUUCGUCUGCUAGAUGGAAAUAUUCUGGGCGAGUUCACAGAGCUGGUUCCAGAUGAGAAAAUAGUUAUGAAGUGGCGGUAUAACACCUGGCCCUGUGAGCACUACGCCACGAUCACAAUGACGUUCUUGGACCGGAGCAGCGAGACAGAGCUGAAGGUGGAGUAUCGAGGCGUCCCAAACAGCCAGGAGGAGCAGACGAAAGAGGGCUGGAAGAGAUACUACUUCGAAUCUAUUAAACAGACAUUUGGCUACGGAGCACGGCUCUUCUGAAAACUGUGUACUGUAGUGCUGUUUUGUUUUGGUUUUCUUUCCUGUUUUGGAUUUUUAAUCUUUUGUCCUUCGAUCUCUGGCACAUCCGACUGUAAACUCAGCACGACUUAACAGAAGAGACAGCAUAAGUGAGGCCAAUCCAUCACCUCUCUGUGUGUAAAUGUUUUCUUUUCUGAGCAUAUUUAAAAUCAAUCUUUGUUUCUGUUCCUCCUCCUUCAGUAUUUGGAUCAGUUGUUCAAAGGAGAAUGAAUGGACCGUGCCUUUGGGACUCGGGAUAAAUAAUGGAUUGAAUAAAACAAAGGGAUCUAUCGCACCACUACUUCAAAUUGGCCUCCACGUCUAUAAAUAUGUAAUUAUUGCAGGAGAUAAACAGAAAUGUUUUCUUUUAUUUGAAAAACAAUGUUUAAAAAAUGAAUGUUUAUUUUUUACUUGUAUUGCUCAUUUUGAGUCAUUGUAGUGAAGAUGCAUGUUUUCAUUCCAAACUGCCCCCCAUGUGGAAGAAUGACGUCCGAUCACCUGCAGCGGAGCAGGACUGUACUCCAGCUUGUUCCUCUGAGACUAGAUUGGAUGCUCAUUACAAGUGUAGCGUCUGUCAGCGUGGAUCAGCAGGAGGAACAUUAGCGAACCUCAUCAGUGCUGGGACAUGGAAACAGUCUCACCUCCUCAUGCAGGUCACUGCGUAGCAACUGAAGAGAGAUGUUUUUGCUUUAUUUGGUUUCAAAAUGUUAAAAAAAAAAAAAUCCAGUAAAAAUAACCUUUCAGAACAGAGUGCAUCUAUUUAUUCCUCAUUUCAAGCCAUCACAGUGUAAAAAGGUUAGUUUACUGGAAUAAACCAAUCCCUAUAUG